GGAUGUGCUAAUUUCUGUCUUUGAAUUGGUGUAAUUCUGUAGCUUCACUUUAUCAAACUAGAAAACGCCUUAAAAAGGCAGUCCGUUCAGACGUUGGGAAUUACAACGGGACCGUGAACGCAGCACCGCCAUCACUGAUCAUUGGCAGGAAAACAUGGCGACGUCUGUUUUGGUCCGAAGGUUAGCAGCUCUGUCGGGGGCUUCUGCGGUGGGAGCUGGGGCUUACGGAGCUCACGGUUUCAAAAACAGAGACCCUGAUGACUACCGAUUUGCGCUUUACGAAACUGCCAACAAAUACCAUUUCUACCACAGCCUGGCCCUGCUGGGUGCUGCACAUUGCGGAAGGCCUCUUGUGGCUGGCAGCAUCCUGCUGGCGGGCAUGGGGAUGUUCUGCGGCCCCCUGUACCACCAGGCUCUGACCGGAGACCCCAGCCUGGGCAAACUGGCUCCCGUGGGCGGUGUCGCCAUGAUUGCCGGCUGGCUGGCCAUGAUCCUCUGAAAGUGUGACGGCUCGCGUCUUCUCCAGAGGCCCGCCGUGCCCCGGCUAACUGUCAGACCUCGGCCCGGAUGGAGUGGGGAGCUCGUAGCUGGAGUUUGCUGAGGGGCAGAGCCGUUAUAAUGUCAACCGUCCAACGGCCGCCUGCCUCCAGGAGGAGGAUGUCAGCGGGAGAUAAGGUCGCGGCGGGAUUAUCACUCCUCGGCCGCCGCUGUCGGACUCUGAUUGCUGCCUCGUGACUGUUUUUUCUUUUUUUUGCUAAACUUUAGAGGGGAAAUGAGUGUGGCGCGUUUUUGAAGCAUUCCCCCAACCCUCCAGCCGUAGAUCAUCUCUAAUGAAAUGUCAGCUGCGGACAGGAGAGGAAUACGCUAACGAGCUAACGGAGAUGCCGCACGCUGUUAAAUAGUUGUUUUGUUUUUUUGUGUAUACUCGUGCAGCCUAGGUGUCCUCAAAUCAGGGCUUGUUUGUGUGUCAGCAUUAUAUCUGAGAAAAAUGAUCCUUUGCCUACAGUUUAGGGAUCAUGAAACACGGCAUUGUUUAGUUUUCUACACAUUUGUUAUUGGCGAACAAGCAUGGCGUGUUCUAAUCACUUGAAAUAAAUUCUCCAGACUUUAUUAAA